AUGGCUACCGAUUUCAUAAUGCCCCGGAUGCCCGAUCUGCAGCAGCAGCCGGCCUUCCUGCCGCAUAACCAGCGCCAGCAGCAGCUUCGGCAACCGCCCGCAUCUCAGCCAGCUUUUCACCAGGCGCCAAUGCGCGACGCAAUAUACGUACCACCAAGCGUCGUGCCAUUUCACUCCGCCCUUGCUACGCAGUACACCAACCCCCAGAUUUCUCCCCUCAGCACAUCGGGGAGCAGUUCGCCAACUUCGCCCAGACCUGGAAUCGCGCGCCAAAUCCGGCCCAUGUACAUGCCGGCCGUGCUGCGUCCUACCGAGUUUCCUUCAAAGGCGCCCGAGCCCCAAGCAAAACCCGAGGACGAGGCGGAUGCUGACGACCAGCCGCUGCGAUCCAGCAACAGCUUCAUGAGCCUGCCUGGUUUGAGCGCAUUCGGACGCUUGAGCAGGAGAUCUACCGGAGACAGUGGUAAAUGCGUCAAUGGUGACUGGAAUCUCGACCUCUUCCCCGAACCCACGGGGCCGCCCACUCGAAAGCACUGGAAAUGCGACCAAGAAUCUUCCGUCUGUGAUCACACAACUUGCAAGAGAUAUUUCAGCUAUUUUAUCCGACGGCACCACUGCCGCAAAUGUGGAAACAUCUUCUGCGAUAUGCACAGCACAUUUGAGAUUCCACUGGAUCAGGACGUAAAUUUCAACCCUCGAGGUUCCCCCAGCCGUGCUUGUGCCCACUGUUACUUCCAGUUCAAGGAAUGGCGAAGCCGGACGAACAGCCAGGCAUCAAGUCUAACAUCAUCUGACGGCGGAAAACCGGGGGAUGCGACUCUGACUUCCCCAACGUCAAUCACCGGCGGCAGGACAGCCCAUCCGUCCGAAGUUGCUCACAGUGUGCCCAGAGACUGGAAUUGGAGCACUUUCUAG